AUGUGGAAAAUGACCAGCAAAGCGGCCCCCAAGACAUCUUUUUGUACUGUAUUUAAGCAAAGAAAACAUGGAAUGGUGCUUUUCCCGGAUGAUUGUAAAUUUGGUCUCUCUAACUCUGGAUUUGAAGAUGAUGGAGGUGAUGAUGAUAACAAGGAAAGACUUUGCGGUACAUCAAUUAGGAAGCAAAAAAAGUCUAGGACUUUCGAUCCUUCUGGAUUUCUGGAAAUGCCGUCAAUGAACGGAACAGAACGACAUAGAUUAAAUCUCGAUCACACGCCUGACAACAAAACGAUUCUGGAUGAAAGUACGCAAGAUUUUCCAAAACGGCACGUCAGAAAAAUCGAAAGAAUAGAAGGUUGCAAUGGCACAAAUAAUUCGUUAACUUCAGCGGAUAACCCUGAUCUUCAUGGUCUCCCUGUUCAAUCGACAAGUUCUACAUCUGAGGGAAGACGUCCAAAAGGAAUCAAAAACUGGCCAAAAGAUCCAAACGUGUACAUGGUAAACCCUCGUGUUUCCAACUAUCCUUGUUUGUUGAUUUAGUUGACUCCCUGUGAUGUUUUUCUCGUGUUUUAAUUUUCAGUUAGCCAUUAUCUUUACAUGUACACGCCUUGCACAGGACUCUGUAUUUACCGCUAUUCCUCACAGAGAGAUUAUAAUUUCCCAAGGUAUAGUUCAAUAUGAAGUGCUCAGUUGUUUUCAAACUCUUUCAUAAUUAUAAUAAUCUCAUCCUACUUUUGUCCUGAAUCAGGCAGCUACCGCUUAUUUUCCACUCGUCCUCUUAACCAGUGGCUCUCUAGCGAGUUCAACGUGUAAGAAACUGAAAAGGAAAAUUGGAGGUAAGGUAAGACCAGGAUUAACAGCUUCUUCUAGCUGGUCACUCCACCUUUGUGAUAGUGGAAAUGCAUUGAUUGCGCCAAACGUCGGCUUAUCUACUCGUUGAUAAUGAUUGGCUGAGAGGGGCAAUUAAUCAACGAUCAUCUCAAUGGCUUUAUUUAACUUAAUGGACAAAUGAACCAUCUUUUCUCAAGUAAAGGUAGUCAGAAGCUCGAUUCCUCAAAGGAUUCUCAGACCUUUUCUUUGUUUUUUGCUUAUUACAGAACCAAGAACAACUUUAUUUGUUAAAUUAGUCUUAGUAACUUUCAUACUUUCAUUGAUAUGUACAUCAUAGUAGAGCUACCUUCUGGCAAGCUUAUUAGUGAUGGGUGGCGCUGUUUGGAGCUAUUUUCAAACCUUCUCCACCAGACAAUCAACUUAUGCAUCAGUGGUUAUGAUAGGAAGUGGUCUGUCCAUAAUGUACGUCAUGGCACUGGUCUUCAUCACCGAGCUGAUAGGGGAAAAUAAGGUUAGUGUUUCGAAACAAGUUUUAAUGGUUUCGAAGAAAGACUUAGUCGCAAACUCUGAUCAGUUCAGUGACAGUGCAUUUCCAACCAGCCAUUUUUGAAAUUGAAAUGACGUGGAAUUUCUUUUGAAUAUUGCAAAACAAAAUCCAAACUCAUCCCAACUCUUUGUCAGAACGAAAUAAAACUCUUACAAGGAGCUAAUGGGAAUUUAAAGUAAAUACAGUUCGAUCACCUGAAGUUUGGGAAACUCCGAGUUACAUCUGAUCGGUUGAGAGAUUGUUGCGAGUUUUCAAGGCCAAUCACAGAGGGUACUGAAAAAGAACCGUUUCAGUCGCGGACUAGUUCCGAAACUUGAUUAACACCAUGAUUAGUGUGCAAACUUUCCAGAGUGAUCUCUAUAAAUUUACCAUAAAACUAACAAGGACAAUUUUUCUAAAAAUGAAGACCUUCAUUUUGAUUGGCGAUCAUUUACCAUUUUCUCUCUUGACGUAAAUGUUUGAUUCAGCAGUAACACUGGGGGGAGAAAUUAAAGACCUGUUGGUCUUAGGCCUGGGGGUAAAGAGUUAAAAAUUACGUAAAUGUUAGUACUAAUGUUGGUUUCCCAUCUGAGAUCAAUGAGUUAAUACGGUGAUUUCCUGUCAGGAAACCAGUGGAUCAGUGUUUUCCAUUAUCACUGUAAUCGCCAGAAUCUCAAGCGGUGUACUUAUCAUUGGUAUACAGGAAUUUUAUCCGGAAGAAAGGUUGGUCUAUCAAAUCUUUAUUGUAAUGUACCUUGGAAGGAACAAGAAACAUGCUAUAUAAAACGUUUAGAUGACCAGCCGAUUUGUUCAAACUCGAAAAGUAUAUUCAACAUGUUUGUCUUUACCAGCUUGACCAGGCCAUCCUUGACAAUUUGAAAUUUUAACAACAGUUUUAAAAUUAUGCACGAUUUAGUAAACUCCUCAAUUCCUCUAUUCAAUUUAGAACCAGCUCAAAUGGGGCGGUUAGCAACUACGUACGGCAUGUGUUUGUAAUGGCACCUGGAGUAAUAACUCUGGUGGGAUUCUUGCUGGUUUUGUUUUUCCAACCAUCUAACUUUAUCUUCAAAAGUAAAGGUAAGUACAUUGUCAAGCUGUUAGACGUCUAUAACUUGGGUAACGUAUGGAGAAUCACUGCAAAUACUCUGAAUUACCCUCUGACGCAAUGGUAUCAAGCGUUCCUUUGUUGAAAUUAGUAAUGUUAUUAAAUGACACAAGCCUGUGUAAAUGUAUUUACCUCAUGAUGGUUGUGCGUCUAUGUAGUACUGCCGGUUUUAUACUUAGAUUUUCAGGUUUGUUAGUCAGUAUUACAUGCGGUUGUCUUUGUUGUCAAGGAAAACUUCCUCUGUAAAUUUAUUCCUCUAGCUUUAGAAGAUGUUGAGGCUCUACACGGCCAAUCGUCGUUUGAUGUUCCACGUCCAUCGGGAGUCAAAGCAACGUCAAACCACAGCUUGGAUGAUGGUCACAAAACCUCCAUCGUGGUGGUGGAUUCUUGUUCUGAGGACUCAAAACUUUGAAUUCUUUGAAAAUUGCAUUAUGUGUAGAGGCUCCGUCGACCUACUAAAAGAUUAUGGCACAGAUACGCCCACGAUUUGGGCCUACACGAUUUGACUGCUAAUUGGUUCAUUUUCAACAGUCAAGUUAAAAUUAAAGAGAUAGUAUAGUUCGUUUUCUGUCUGUUCUUGUUUAGAUUUUAGGAAAAACCCUUUCACAUGAAAAGUGUUGUGAUCGUAGAAUAACGUAAAAUAAAAGCAGACAAGUCGUGAAGACUUCUCGCACCAAGAUGAACAAGAGUCUACUUUCCUAAAUUUUCAAUAAAUAGUUAUCGUGUGUGUUUAAUAUUAAUAAGAAUAGCAUAGUAUUUUAAUGUAAAAUGAGUCUAUCGAUGUUCAAAAUUGUUUAGAUCUUGUUUUGUAUUGAUAGCUCAAAGGUUUCCUCGAACUUCCUCAGAAAACUGUUCACAUCUCGUAUUUAAUAAUGUAAACCGUUUAGAUCAAUGGCGGACAAUCCGAGCAGAAGUUCAUAGAUUAUAGUUACAUGUAUUAUGACAUUUUUUGGUUUUGAAUUACUGGUAUGAUCGUGUUCGCAGUCCUAAUUAUGCCUGAAACUAAUUUUCAAACAUGAGAAAAUGAGGCGAGGCGAGGCGAGAAGGACAGGGAGGGUAGGAAGGGUUAAAAGGAAGGGAAGGGGGGGGGGAAGCUCCUUGUUCAGGCUUCGAAAUAAGGCUGUUUAGAGUCAAUAUCUACACCAGCAUAUUCCUUACCUAAAAAAUGUAACAAGAAGUACAUGAGAUGUAAACUGACGAAUCUUUAUUUAAGAUUUCGGUGAAAAAUAAAGGUUAACCGUUGAAAUACUAAGUCUAUUGCACACUGAAAUGUAAAAAAUAUAUAAGAGUUGACACCCUCUAAUCAUACUCAGCUUGUUCCUUUCCCCUCAUUUGUGGUUAAAGUGUUUUGAAAUUCAAUUUCUUACGUUAGGGUAAAAAGUUUCUUUGGUCAGUAUUUUAGUAAAAACAUCAGACUUCGAACGAAGACAGGUUGCUAGUAGUGGUGUUUCUUGUUAUCCAGCUGGUGUUCACCAAUUAGCUACUUUACACGUGAAAUUGCGUGACAACACGUGUUCAGUAAACAAGGUCACUAUCCAACAAUGCUGACAUCGACCAUUGACACAUUUGAUACCUAAAUCGUGUGCUUAUCGUGAAAUGACGCCCCAGCCCAUGUAACUUACUCUACCUCCACAUGUUUUGAUGAUAAACAGGAAAACUAUACUCAGUGAUAUUUAAAAGGACGACUGUCUAUGAGGAAGGCUGGAUGACAGCUGGAGAGACCUUUCUUACAAUUGAGUCACAAUUAAGGGUAGUGCUUUCCUUAUAACACUGAAAAAAAAGACAAUCAUUGCGAUACUUCAUUUGGACGUCCUCAGUUUCCAACAGGUUAAGGCAAUCUUAGAUAAGUGUUACCAUUCGCUCUGACGGAGGGCUGACGCUCGAAACGUCAGCUUUGAAACUCUCUAAGGUGGCCAAUUUACAUUAUCAACUCAGUUAUAAAUUAAUCCAAAUUAUCUUAACGUACGUGCUUGUUUGUUUGUUCCAGGUGAUCGAACCUGACAGAGCUUCAAGUUAGCUAGUUUGAGCAUGCGUAGUAAGAGUACGGCCAAGAACGAAUGAGGGAAUCAAGGCCUUUUGUCUAAUUUUAUAAUCAAAAUUAGUCGCAAGAAAAAUUGGUUGCUUUCUCUUAAUGUACGUGGACAUUAAAAGCACCACAAAAAAUUUCCAAAUUGUUGACCUUGCUAGCUAUGAGCCAAAGGAGUGUCUGGUUGUUCCAAUUCACCAUAGCUGACUGGGUUUCAGAGAGCCUAAUUGACUUGGUUGAGUAAAUCUGUCAGACUGGAUAUGUUCAUGAAUGCGUUUACACAGGACAGGAUACGUGACCCAAGGAAAGAAAAUCUGCCAAAACUUCCAGUGAACUUAAAGCUCAAUUACUGAAAACAAACAUAUACUUUCCGACAAUUCUUAAUUGUUACAACACUGGUACAUCGUAUAGAUAGCUCGGAAAGUUGUCUUGCCUUAGCAAUUUUUCGAGUGCAGGCCACUGAAAAGACACUUUCCAACCGAGCUUUCGUUUUUUUUUUUUUUCUAGACAGAUUUCUAGAAAGAUUUUCCUAAGAGACCUCGAACCGUAUUUCAAGGGUCCAAGUAUUGUGAACCAGCAGACAGAGUAUGCAGAAUAAAUGCGCACAUUACAUUCACUUCGAAAAUCCCUGGUGAUUCCUGCAAUCUGACUGGGGUCACGAAUCGCACCAUUUUUCUUUUCUCUAAAUCGCAUCCAUUUCCUAGCCAACGCAAAAUAAACACUAAAACAAAAUAUUCAAUCGAAAUUUCCCCAGAACCUUUCUUUUUUUUUCCAUAAUAGAACAGCACUCUGUAAAUUUUUAAUGUUGGUGUAGUUAAGUAACAACCGCGCGACAAAAGUCUCUUUUAGUUUGGCCAUUACUCAAAUUAAAAAUUAAAGGCUACGAUGCAAAUUUAUUGAAUUUUUGAGGACUCGAAAUAUGAAUUCAACUUCAUGUUCACUUUGCACAGAAAAAUGCCCUCUUGGCUCGAGUUCACCUUUACAAUUUUUUUCCACUGCCUUAAACUUUUUUAAAUCUACCAUAUUCUGAUGUACCCAAUUUCCUACUCUCGAUUCAAAUUAGCUCAAACGAGGCUGCUGGCAACUACGAGCAAAAUGUGUCAGCAAUGACGUCUGAAGUAUUCUGUUUGGUUUUACGCAAGAAACCGUAUACCCACGCAGAGACUUUCUCUGCUUUUUGUUCUAAUUCCUCUGCUUUUGAUGAUAGGUUUGGAGCGUUAUUUCAUAUAUUGUUGUAUGCCCUCCAUUGCAUGACCUUUACGUGUGCCAUUUCUCGUGUGCAGACGCACAGGAUGUUGAAGCUCAAGCAGAUCAAUCAUCGUUUGAUGUUCCACUUCUUCAGCUUCUCUUCGAAACAAAGCAACGCCAAAGGUGUGAUUAGAUGCAAAUCAAAACUCUUCCGUCGCUGCGGUUCAUUGUUUUCCUGAGGACAGAAAUCUAUAAUUUCUUUUCAGAAAUAUAAUAUGCGUGGGUUUUGUUGCAUAAAUCCAUACACAAGAUUAUUGUAGAGCUACGUUAAUGGUUACGGGAUGUUUUAGUUCUGAGACAGCAGUAUCUUUACUAAUGGAGACCUCAGACAAUGGUUGCUCGAAUAGAACUACCUUGUCUAACAAUUGUCUUUCAAGAAAGACAUAGUGCAAUUACUUGCUUGAGAUUAAAUUGCCAGCAUACGAAAGAAAGUUCAAAGUGAACAGAUGGUUUGCAACUGCAUUUCACUUCAAAUAAUUGCUUUUGCAAUCCACAACUCUAAACUAUUCUAAUUUGUAUCAAUGACUCAAAACAAGCCAAAAUCAGUCGCGUUUGAGCCUGUAAUUAUGCGGAACAUUUUAGUUUCUGCACUUUCAAUUACAUAAGGUCAGUUCACCGGCUAUAUAAACAUGUUACUUGGAUAUCCAAGUAACGAUGAAGGAGGAGGUUAUUCAGUUCAUAUAUUUCUUCUUCCAAAGAGACGGUAAACUCAUUUCCAAUGUGAAUGUUUUAAAAGCACUACUUAAUAAUCGGCCAAAUGUAGGUCAUGGGAGAUGGCGGUGAACGAGACUUGGCAUCAAUGUUUCUCAAUUAACUUCCUUUUAAUUAUGGAAAUUGCAAUAAUUAGUCUACUUAUCAUCAACCCCGAUCUUUAUCAAUUUGAUGACUCUCAAGAAUAAUAAGCUAUAGCCAAGAAUAAUAAGCUAUAGCCAAGAAUAAUAAGCUAUAGCCAAGUUCUAGCGUCAAUCUAUGGUUUAGCGAAUUCAGUAAAACUGCCAAGAAAAGUAGCACCCAGUUAUAGUAUCUAUAAGUUUUCAAACGACGCAAAAGAUUAGCUUACUGCGUUUCGAGCUUGAUUCGUUUUAGUCAGAGUAAAAUAUUGCGAGGGCUGGGGUAGGAAACCUCACUAAGACUCUGUUGAUAUGAUUGGCUCUCUGGAAAAUAAAAAGCGAGCUGUGAUUGAUGCAUUAUUUUCUUAUCAAGUUGGAACGUCACACACCCAUAUAAAAAUGGUAAAAAUAGGCUUCCCAUAGAAUCGAAGCAGGUUUAAGCGGGGGAAAGAGAGUGUGGCGUGCCCAGACCAAGGAGCCUCGUUUUUACAAUGCGUACAAGAGAAAUGUUACUGUGCGCAGCGGGAAGUAUAUUCAAUGACCUCUGCAAGUACAUGUUUUCAUUUUCUCUCCUAUUUUUGAUGGAGGUAGUGGAACUUUCAGCUGUAGACACUGGACUUAUAAUACUCAUUGGACAAAUUGUUGACGCGUUGACUUCAGUAAUCUCUGGUUACCUCGGCGAUAUGGUUAAAGUACCCGUUCUUUCACAGAAAAUUGGAAUGCGAAAAUCUUGGCAUCUCCUGGCAACGGUUUUUAUGGGCAUCGUAGUUCCUCUCUGCAUCAACCGUUGCAUUCUCUGUGGUGGAAGUCAUCAAACAUGGCUUCCCACCGUCUAUUACGGUUUCUUUUACUCACUGUAUAACAUGUGUUUCAGCGUGGUGGAGAUAAAUCACCUGGCUUUCAUCACAACUACAGCUGGGUCGGUUGAGGAACGAACAGAUCUUAGCGCCAUCAGGUUUGCUAUUUAUAAAAGUAUUAAAUUAAAUUACACUCAACUGUUCACUCAUUUUUUUUGGCUCUUACCAAAGAUCUACUGGUGGACAGACGCAUAGUUUACGUUGCCAUCCGCACAAUUUUGCUUUUUUAUCAUCUAAAACAAACAGAUUACAUGUUGACGUGGAUUUAUAGUUAAAGAUCACAUAAUAUGUCAAAAUGUGUUAAGAACAUCAGUUAUACACUCGGCUGCGCCUCGUGUGCCACGAGCACAUUUUGAAUCUUCAUCCAACUAGUUUGCGAAGUUUUUAUAUAGACUGGUUGCGUCUACUUUCUGUUUAAAAUGCGGACAAGAGAACAGCUAUUGCGCGCGGUAGGAAAUUUAUUCAAAGAAGUCUGCCGGCAGCUUAAUUUUUCAUUUAAAAGUUUUCUCUCAAAGAAUCCCGGUGGGUGAAAAUCUUGGCACCUUUUGAUAACGGUUUUAAUGAGCAUUAUAAUUCCUUUUUUUUUUCAUCGCUGUUUUCUUUGUUAUAGAAAUCAUGGUGGGUGGCUUUCAAUUGUCUAUUACAUCUUCUUGAUCUCGGUGUACCACAUUUGUUUGAGCAUUGUGGAGAUAAAUUAUCUUGAUUACAACUGUAACUGAAUCCGUCAAGAAUGUACAGUUUUAUUGGUGCUAUAAAGUUUGCUUCAAGAGACUUUUUUUUGUUUUAAAUAUACUUGUAUAAACACUUGUAUGACUUUUAUAUAACUCAACUCAAGCACGGACACUCUGAGGCCGUUUUUUCCUAAGUUAUCCUAUAGAAAUGAUAAACGUGACAUCUAAGAACAAGUUUCCUUACUCUUCUCUUUUUCUUGUUCAAAAGGACAAUGUUCAUCUUCCUUAGUGGUAUUUACAUAUACGUGAUCGCCUGGGGCCUUUUCGGACAAGACAAUAGCGAUACUCUGGGACCCCAGAGCCUUCCAGAUUUUGUGGUAAGCGCAGCUUCGUUAAUAAUUCGAUGCUACGAUAUGCUUUGACAAACAGGCGGAAGCUCAAUACAAUGAAAUUAAAAAAAAAAACGCAAUUAAAAAACGGAUCGGAGAAAUUUGGUUUUCUCUUGCUGCACUGCCUGACAGCCUUUCAGCCUCCUUCCACACAUCUCUGCUGGCAUCAAAAACCUUUUUUUUUGUCCUUAACCUUUCAACUUUCAAGAUCUGAUUGUCAAUUCUCUCUUGGAGCUGCUUUGCAUUUCCUUGUAAAUUAAUUUUGAGAAUUUAGAGUUAGAUCAAGAUAAAAACUUCUCCCUGAUAAGUAAAAGUAUUCUCAUCAGCUGUUGGCUGGAUAACGUAUGUUUACAACAGGGAGAGGUUACAAGUUAAUCAUUUCUGGGAGCUAAAGGGUUAAGAUGCUAGUUGAUUAAUUUUUUUCUAAACAGCACCUCUCGUGGAUUGCUACUGGAACAGGACUCUUCUUUGCAGCCAUCUUCCACAUUGGUACAAAGGAACCUCAAAAAUGUCAGAAUAAAGAAAGCGCCACAACGGAUUGUACAGUAAGACAGGAAGCAAAAAAGAUAUUUCCUUUUCUUUUCAGAUAUAGCUCAUACAAAAGCUUAUUUUUGCGUUCGGAAAGCAGACAACACUAUGGAGCUAAAAGCGGCGCGCUUGCGCGACUGUUUCUUCGUUCUUCAUUUGAUUUAUCUUAAAGAGGUCUAUUAAUCUGAACGGGUCUUGAAGUUACAUAGCAUGACCAGAGGGAUAGAGGUAUGGUCUACACAUUAUCUAAAGCAACCUUCAAUUCACUCUGGCCACUUUCCCGUUAUUUUGCAGAAAGCUUCUGAAAAAGUCAUUGAAGACUUUGUACCCGAAAAUGCAAGUAAGUCUACGGAUAUGUACUGUGGUGUAUUAUCUUAAAACCGUCGUUUGUUCUGUUAAAUUGCAGAUGUAACGUCCUCUCCGACCUCAAACUAAACUACAUAUAUGAAAAACGUUACUCGUCUUCAUAUUAAGGGGGAAAGGUCUUAUUUAUGCAUGGAGCUUCUUAAUAUAUAGUUUAUUGUUGCCUCGGUAAUUUUGAGAAUCUAUUGGCUAUGACUGUGUGCAGGCAUGCCACAAGUUUGAUACAGGUGGUCCAGUCUGUGGACAGCACCAAUUUUACUUGAAAUGUUUAGACAACCUCCUCUUUAAAGCAAAAUAUCUAGUUCAGAAGCGCAUGUCGACUGGAGAUUAAGAUUAGUGGUGACAGUCAGGAUAUCCAACCCUCAAACUCCAGUUAUUUCCAGACUGCAUUCCGCCAAGAGGCUAAAUGUCGACUAUGUUAGUAGCUCGAGUUUUACUUCGAAGAAACAGCUAAGUAGAUGGUGAGGAUAAGGCAAGGAAUUUCAUCCGUCAACCUAGCCUUCUAAGGAUCGUCUUUUUGGACAACUUUACUAUAACUUUUUUUCUAGCGCAGCGCAAAACCUUUAGCUUAGCUUGGGUUACUCAGAUUUUUCACUUACAAGUUCCAACGGGAAAAGAAGAAGUAUAACAAAAACAAACGAGAAGAAGUCCAGAUAUCCCGUGUUAUAAAAAUAUUAUUGAGAUCAUUUUGAGGAAAUAAAUGUUAAUAGUUGAUCCGACAAAGAGUUAAGACAUGUUCCUGAAGGUGACAUGAUUUAGUUCUAUCGUUGAGCCCUGAGACAGAAAAAACCGACGUUCGUUAAUUGCUUGUUUUGUUUGUUUUUGCUCAAGAUUCUAGACGAACCAGUCUUGCUUUUAAGUUUACUAACAUGGUUAUGGCUUCAACUGAAUAUGAAGAACAUCAAAAUGAGAUGGACGGAAAUGGAGAAACCAAAAGCCAUGAAGUGCGUGUCAGAAAACGAAGUCUUCUGCAGAAGUUUGCUGUUGCUAUGUUUGCCGACGAGAAAACUGAUCUAGAAGUACAGCAUUUUGAUAGUGAACGCAAGAAGAGUCUACGAACGCUUGAUUUUGACGACAUCCUGUUGAGACUACAGCACGAAGAGCACGAACAACCAACAUGUUUUGGUGCCAUGGAAAAUCAAGUUACAAUGGACGGUAUAGCCGAUGAUCAUUCAACCGAUGAAGAGUCGUGGAACGCCAGGCAAGAAGAGAUCAAAAACAUUACUGAAAAAGGUAUGUGGAAAAUGACCAUCAGCGCGGCCCCCAAGACAUCUUUUUGUAUCGUACCUAAGCAAAGAAAACAUGGAAUGGUGCUUUUUCCGGAUGAUGGUAAAUUUGGGCUCUCUAACUCUGGAUUUGAAGAUGAUGGAGGUGAUGAUGAUAAGGAGGAAAGCCUUUGCGGUACAUCAGUUAGGAAGCAAAGAAAGUCUAGGACUUUCGAUCCUUCUGGAUUUCUGGAAAUGCCGUCAAUGAAUGGAACAGAACGACAGGAAUUAAAUCUCGAUCACACGCCUGACAACAAAACGAGUCCGGAUGAAAGUAUGCAAGAUUUUCCAAAACAACCCGUCAGAAAAAACGAAAGAAUAGAAGGUUGCGAUGGCACUAAUAAUUCGUUAACUUCAGCGGAUAACCCUGAUCUUCUUGGUCUCCCUGUUCAAUCGACAAGUUCUAUAUCUGAGGGAAGACGUCCAAAAGGAAUCAAAAACUGGCUAAAAGAUCCAAAAGUGUACAUGGUAAACCCUUGUGUUUCCAACUAUCCUUGUAUGUUGAUUUAGUUGACUCUCUUUGAUGUUUUUCUCGUCUUUUAAUUUUCAGGUAGCCAUUAUCUUUACAUGUACACGCCUUGCGCAGGACUCUGUACACAGUUAUUUACCGCUCUUCCUCACAGAGAGAUUAUCAUUCCCCAAGGUAUAGUUCAAUCUGAAGUGCUCAGUUGUUUUCAAACUUAUUAACAAUUAUAAUAAUAUCAUCGUAUUUUUUUCCUGAAUCAGGCAGCUACCGCUUAUUUCCCACUCGUCCUCCUAACCAGUGGCUCUUUAGCGAGUUCAACGUGUAAGAAACUGAAAAGGAAAAUUGGAAGUAAGGUAAGACCUAGAUUAACAGCUUCUUCUAGCUGAUCAUUCUACGUUUGUGAUAGUGGAAAUGCAUUGAUUACGCCAAACGUCGGCUUAUCUACUAGUUGAUGAUGAGUGGCUGAGAGGGGCAAUAAAUCAACGAUCUUCUUAAUGGCUUUAAUUAACUUUACUCGACAAAUGAACCAUCUUUCCUCAAGUUUCAAGUUUUACUCAAAGGAUUCUCAGAUUUUUUUUUGUGUCUUGCUUGUUACAGAACCAAGAAAAACUUUAUUUGUUAACUUAGUCUUAGUAACUUUCAUACUUUCAUUGAUAUGCACAUCAUAGUGGAGCUACCUUCUGGCAAGUUUAUUAGUGAUGGGUGGCGCUGUUUGGAGCUAUUUUCAAACCUUCUCCAUCAGACAAUCAACUUAUGCACCAGUGGUUAUGAUAGGAAGUGGUCUGUCCAUAAUGUACGUCAUGGCACUGGUCUUCAUCACCGAGCUGAUCGGGGAAAAUAGGGUUAGUGUUUUGAAACAAGUUUUAAUGGUCUCGAGGAGAAACGCAAAAUCUGCUCAGUUCAGUUACAGUGCAUUUUCAACCAGAAAGUCGUUUUGAAUGUCGCAAAACAAAAUCCAAACUCAUCCCAACUCUUUGUCAGAACGAAAUAAAAUCUUACAAAUAGCCACUGAGAAUUUCAAGUAAAUACAGUUAGAUCGCCUGAAGUUUGGGAAAUUUCGAUUUACAUCUGAUCAGUUGAGAGAUUGUUGCGAGUUUUCAAGGCCAAUCACAGAGGGCACUGAAAAAGAACCGUUUCAGUCGCGGACUAGUUCUGAAACUUGAUUAAUACCAUGAUUAGUGUGCAUAUUUUCCAUAGUGCUCUCUAUAAAUUUACCAUGAUACUAAUAGAAAUAAUUAUUUUGAUUGGCGAUCAUUUACCUUUUUCUCUCUUCUCGUAAAUGUUUGAUUCAGUAGUGACACUGGGAGGAGAAAUUAAAGACCUGUUGGUCUUAGGGGUAAAGAGUUAAAAAUUACGUAAAUGUUAGUACUAAUGAUGGUUUCCCAUCUGAGAUCAAUGAGUUAAUACGGGAAUUUCCUGUCAGGAAACCAGUGGAUCAGUGUUUUCCAUUAUCACUGUAAUCGCCAGAAUCUCAAAGGGUGCACUUAUCAUUGGUAUACAGGAAUUUUAUCCAGAAGAAAGGUUAGUCUAUCAAAUCUUUAUUGUAAUUUACCCUAGAAAGAACAAGAAACAUGGUAUUUAAAACGUUUAGAUGACCAGCCGAUUUGUUAAAACUCGAAAAGUAUAUUCAACAUGUUUGUCUUCACCAGCUUUACAAGGCCACCGUUGACAAUUUAAAACUUCAAUGACGGUUUUUAAAUUACGCACGAUUUAGUAAACCCCUCAAUUCUUUUAUUCAAUUUAGAACCAGCUCAAAUGAGGCGGUUAGCAACUACGUACGGCAUGUGUUUGUAAUGGCGCCUGGAGUAUUAACGCUGGUGGGAUUCUUGCUGGUUUUGUUUUUCCAACCAUCUAACUUUAUCUGCAAAACUAAAGGUAAGUUAGACAUAUUAGACAUUGUCAAGCUGUUAGACGUCUAUAACUUGAGUAACGUAAUGAGAAUAACUACAAAUACUCUGAAUUACCCCCUGACGCAAUGGUGUCAAGCGUUCUUUUGUUUAAACUAGUAAUCUUACCAAAUAACACAAGCCUGUGUAAAUGCAUUUACUUCGUGAUGGUUUUGUAUCUAUGUAGUACUGCUAUCCAUGCUAAGUUAAUAAGACGGUUUUAAACUUAGAGCUUCAUGUUUGUUAGUCAGUAUUACACGUGGUUGUCUUUGUUGUCAACGAAAACGUCUGUCAAUUUGUACUUCCAGUUUCAGAAGAUGUUGAGGCUCUACACGGCCAAUCGUCGUUUGAUGUUCAAGUUAACCAAUGUCCAUCGGGAGUCAAAGCAACGUCAGGCCACAGCUUGGAUGAUAGUCACAAUACCUCCAUCGUGGUGGUGGAUUCUUGUUCUGAGGACUCAAAACUUUGA